AUGGGCUCAAUCGACUCCACCCCCUUCCCCGUCCUCGACGACCCCCGCGCCUCCGACACCUCCCUCCCGGCCUUCAUGGUCUCCACCACCCGCGGCUUCCUCCCCCGCGGCGAUCCCGUCGCCGUCCUGCCCGCCGAGUUUGCGCCCCUAGAGGACAUUCUCGCGCGUAUGCCGGUCAAGAAGCUCGACGGCACACCGGGUCUCCUGGCCUCCUCCAAGCUCGGCGAGACCGUCGACGCGACGUUCCCGGACCUGACGGACGCUAUUGACCAGUACAAGGAGAACUUGCCGCUCAUGAACGCGCUGUACCGCGACUACUCGUUCCUCGCGUCCGCCUACCUGCUCGAGCCGUGCCACGAGCGGUUCGUCCGCGGCGAAGGGUACGGGCUCGCGAGGGAUGUGUUGCCCAGGAACAUUUCGAUGCCCAUUGCCCGCUGCGCUGAACUCACCGGCUUCAAGCCAUGGAUGGAAUACGCAGGCUCCUACGCCCUCUACAACUACCGCCUCGAGGACCCCUCAAAGGGCAUGGAGUACUCCAACAUCCGCCUCAUCCGAGCCUUCGAGCACGGCCUGGACCCGACCUCCUCCGAGGCAGGCUUCGUUCUCGUCCACAUCGACAUGGUCAAGAACACGGGGCCCCUCGUAAAGGGCACAAUGGCCGCCCUCCGCUCCUCCGUGCCCACCACCUCCCCCGUCCCCUCUCUGGACCGCGCCGCCCUCAACCAGGGCCUGUCCGAGGUCCUCGCCGCCCUCCGCAAGAUCAACAACACAAUGGAGACCAUGUGGGACAAGUCCCGCCCGCAGAGCUACACCAGCUUCCGCACCUUCAUCUUCGGCAUCACCAGCCAAUCCAUGUUCCCCAACGGCGUCGUCUACGAGGGCGUAAACGACGGCAAGCCCAUGUCUUUCCGCGGCGAGUCGGGUGCCAACGACUCCAUCGUACCCCUCAUGGACAAUUUGUUGCAGGUGCCCAUGCCCGACACCCCGCUCACCGAGAUCCUCAAGGACUUCAGGUCCUACCGCCCCAGCAACCACCGCCAGUUCCUCAUGCACGUCAAAGACCGCUCCCUCGAGGUCGGCCUCAAGGACGCCGCGCUCUCCACCAAGCUCUCCGCCGACAGCCUAGGUGCCGAGGAGAAGGAGGCCGUCAAGGAGUCCCGCCGCCUGUGGCUGCAUAUUCUGCACCAGGUGCGCGACUUCCGCUGGCGGCACUGGUGCUUCGCGCGCGAGUACAUCCUCAAGCGCACGUCGCACCCGACGGCCACGGGCGGGAGUCCCAUCGUCACGUGGUUGCCGAACCAGCUCGAGGCGAUUUUGGUGGAGAUGGAAGAUCUGUACGGGGCUGUUGGCGGUGCCAAGGGGGAGUGGGAUUUGGGCGAGGAGAUGAGGGAUGUGAUGGACCUUGUUGCGCGGCAGAAGACGACGCUGAGGAAGGAGGUUGCCAAGUAUUGUGCUGAGAGGGGGGUGAACACCGUUCUGCAGGCGGAUUCUUGA